UUUAAUGUAUUAGCAAGGGUCUUUUUCUUCUUCUUCUUUUGAUUCUAUAUUAGAAAGGUGAUUGUAUGUUAAAAGCAACGAUAAAGUUGUCUUUAUAUAACAUAUAGCUUAUGAGUUUAAGCUAUGCAAUCAGCUACGGAUGGUUGCAUCAGGUUAGGCUGCCUACAACGCACACCCUUGAGUGCAAACCCUUUCUUGACCCUUUACAAACGCGGGAUACCUCAUCCACCAGACUACGCUUUUUUCUUGAUUUUGAAUUUAAAAGGGAGUCUUGGAGCACGGUAUAUUGUCUCCAUGUGAGUUAUGACCUAUAGAUCAUGUGUCACAAGUUCGAGUUAUGGAAUCAGGUGAUUGUGUCAAGGUGCAGCACCUGAUAGAAAAGUGUCUAAUUUUUCACAUGACUAAAGAGGAAUGCAUAGAGGCACUUUCCAAGCAUGCAAAUAUCAAAUCUGUCAUCACUGUUACUGUAUGGAAUGAGUUAGAGAAAGAGAACAGGGAGUUUUUCGAGGCAUACGCUAAAUCAAAUAAUAAAAAUCGCGCAAUAGAGGCAAAGGCAGAGGCGGAAGCAAGUACAAUGAUUCAAAAUUUGUUAUUGGAUCAUGAUCAUACUAAAAAAUAGACAAGGAAUAACAAAUAAUCGUGUCUGUCGAAUCCUUUAAAAGUGGUUUAACUUUCGAGAAUCUGAUAUGGAUGCGAAAAUAUUUUAGUGAGUGUUAGCAACAUAGCUAAGACAAUAGUACUAUGUGGUGUACUUUAUUGAAAUGUUCACUAUACUAUAUAUUAUAUAUUUAUAUAUGUAUAUAUGCUAAUUCAAUCAUGGCCAUGUUGGAAUCUUUUGUGUCCUCUAUGAGGUGUUGCCUAAUGAAUUUGGGCCUCUAGUUGUCUUGUUUUGUUGUAACAUAGAGUUCAUGUGACAUAUUUUCUUGUUAUUUAGCUAAUGGGGAGUUAACAUAGUGGGGUCUACUUUGUUCAUUUUCACAUCUCAAUCAUGUACUUUUUUUCUUCGGAAACGA